UGCCACAGCAGAGAGAGGAGUGCCAGCGAUAGCCAGUAGUGUCAAACGAACCUCAGAAAUCUGGCUUGUGUCUCAACGAUCUUUCUCUCUCUCUCUCUCUCUCUUUCUCUCUCUCUCUCUCUCACCUCUCCCCUCUCUCCUCUCCCCUCUAUCUCUUCCUCUAUACCCGUCUAGCGAAGCCCCUGUACUCUAUGUCGCUUACUAACCGGUCCGUUGGCUCUGAAAAGUGAACUUUUUGCUGUGUCUCGGGUUGAACAUUUUCCCCUCCCCCAGCGCCUCUCUGGAAGUUCAAGUGGGUGAACAGCUUCCGAAAUAUUAGUGGUUGUUUGAGACGCAUCCGGACGUCCAAGAGGUGUUCACCCCGUUCCGUGGGUUGCCCAUGGAACAGGUCCAGCAGUCCAAGGAGCUCCGCGCCCACGCUCUCAGGGUGAUGGGUUUCGUGGAGAAGGCUGUCCGUCGCCUCGACCAGCCGGAGAAACUGGUGCCCCUCGUCCAGGAAUGCGGCCGAAACCACUGCCACUACGGCGCCCAAGUCCAGCAUAUAUCGUUGGUGGGGCCCCAGUUCCUGCAGGCCAUCCGGCCAGCGCUGGAGGAUGAAUGGACGGAGGAGGUGGAGCUGGCUUGGGACCUCCUUAUGAAGAACAUUGCCUAUGUCAUGAAGAGGUCCAUGAGGGAGGAGAUGAAGCAUUAGUGGCUCACAGAUUAGUAUUAUUUCUGUUGGGAUGGGGUGUGUGUGUGAUAUAGUGAUAGAGGGAUAUAGUGUGUGUGUGUGUGUGUGAUAGAGGCUGUAGAUCAAGACAAUUUCCAAAUAUGUUUUCUUGCUUCAGCUUGUUAAGUUCUUUAAUUAAUGAGUCCUGGUGAAGAACAUCUCCAUCGUAAACAAGUAUAUCACCAAUGUCACAAAGAACAUCUUUCAUAAUCCAAAACAUCCCACCUAUGUCAUGAAGACUUCAUCAUAAUGUGGAACAUCACCAAUACGGUUGCGAAUGAGAAGUCGCAAUGGGCACAGGCCAGUAGAACAAUUACAAAGAGAAGGAUAACUACAAGGAAGGUGGUUCCUGAGGAGUGAUGCUGCAGACUUCCACACGGUCUGGAGAACCUGGUGACUGAUGGCCUCCUGAAGCCACCCAGAAAAUUGACUUUAAUACAGUACAAUAAUAUUAAAUUGUUGUUGCAGAUGAUAGGCUGAGGAAGGAAAUCUUGAAUCAAGGCAGAGGGGGCUGUAAAUGUAAUAUAUAUAUAGUGAAGACAAAAAUUAUAUAAUCUACCUAAAAACCAUAAAAUAAUUACAUUUAGUUUUUGAUAAAGUAAAUCUUAAAUAAUAUAAAUAUUUAAAGCUUAAAAAGAAAAGAUUUGUUAAUAAAUAAACAAAACAAAAAAUCAAUACACAGAAUACAGUAAUUUGAUCACAAAAUAAGUGAUAUAAAUAAAUAAAUAAAUA